CCUAUUAGACUGUAUUUUGGUUAUAAUUUAUUAAUUACUUAUUAAUUAUGAAUGAAAAUAAAUGCUUGUCUCCAUUAUUCAGUAUUCAAUUAAAUAAUUUAACAAUUCAUGUAAUUGUAUGCGUUUUUAUGUAAAUCGAUAAAUAAUGUUAUGAGAAAUAAUGGGUAAUUGUAUUAACGGUAACGCCCGACGCCCUCAGAGAGGACUGCCAUCGAUACCGAGUCGACACUACGAGGCGACAAAUGGUAGCACUUAUUCGUCCACAUAUUCUUCUACGAAAAGUGUAUCGCGAAAGGCAUCCAAUGGUCCGAAACAGAAGAUUGUGAUCGCUUUGUACUCCUAUGAGGGCAGAGAUGAGGGAGAGUUGAGCUUUGAAAAGGGGGACAAACUGGUCAUCAUUGAUGAUAAGGAGCCCGACUGGUGGCUCGCAAAGAGGAUCACUUCGGAUAGAGCCGGUUAUAUACCCAUGAAUUUUGUGGUCAUGAAUAUUAUUGAAACUGAAGAAUGGUUUUUUAGCAAAACAUCGCGAAGAGAGGCGGAAAAGUUACUUCUAUUGGAUGACUACCCGAGGGGUACUUUCCUCGUUAGAGACAGCGAACAGAAAGCAGGUCUUUAUAAACAUAUAAUUUACACGUAA